UUGAGGUUUGAACAUAUGCCGGUUUCAAGACCAGCCAAGAGAAGUUUUCAGGCACCCUUCAAAGCACCCUUCAAAGAUGGAAAACAGGAAGACGAUUUUGAGAGUUUGUCCAAAACCCCGUGUACACCUGCUACUGACGAAAAGGAGAAUACCCCGUCCAAUUCAAAUGAGUCAGUGACGAAAUCUAACAAGAGGACCAUCAAACAAGCAGAUUUCAAGGCAUCCACAAAAAAAAGAAAGUCUGCACGAUUUAAGACUCCUGUGCCAGUAAAGACAACGGAUACCGUAGAUUGUGGCGAAUUUGAUGCUACCCUGCAGUACGACGAAAAGUCAAGUCGAACUGAUGGAACAAAAAAUAAAAAAAAGAGAGAUUUUGCAACGCCUCAACAGCUCCGCAAAUCGGCGAGAAUGAAGACACCAGUAUCGGAGAAUACCCAAUCAAAAUUAGACUUUGACAGUUUAGAAACAACACCACUCCCUAACAGUGAGAAUACAACCGAUCUCACGGCUUCUUCCACACCUGCAAUACAUUCAGACAAGGACUUUGACAGUCUGGGGAAUACUCCUUCAACUGAAAAGAUUCCAGCGGAUAAAGUCGAGGAAGCUACUCUAGAAGUUGGUGCUAAUGAUGAAGUGCAGGGUCGCAAGGAGAAUGAUAAUUCUAAUGCUGGAAGAUGCAAAAGAAAGAGGAAACAAACUGAUUUCUUUGGUGACGUUAAAGACAGUAGCAAAGCAGAAAUCAUGGGCACCAAGUCUGCAUCUAAGGCACAAAAAACAGAUAGUAGUUCGAGUGAAUCGGAGAGCAGUGAAAAGGAUGACUCUAAAACUGAGAUUACUGUACCGAGCAAGAGACGUACUUCAUCUCAAAGAAGACAAACGAUGUCUCAGAACGUUUAUCAAAGAAGAUCGAUCGAGAUGGUUCCUAAAAAUGACCGUUUUCUCCAGAUCCAUGAGGUUGCUUAUCAUCCUUCUCUUGCUAAACACAGAGGAUGGGAAACAGAUGGUGUUAGAGCGUGGGUAAAACCACAUCCGUUACCACUGAAGAUUAACGCAAACUUCACUGAACAGGAAAUUCAGGCCGCCAGAAACUUUUCGCCAGGUCCUCCAGUUUGUCCGUGGUUGGUUAGAUCGACGUGUCAUGGGAGGUACCCACUAGACGAGAUGGCUGUUCGGAUUGCUUUAGAAAUGAGGCGUAGUUUUCAGCUGUGGUUCAAGAAGGAGCGUCGCAUAUUUGAGAGGGGCUUAGCUAAACAAACCCUUUUUAUAACAGCAAUGAGAAUCAACAUCAUCCCAAGGACUGAUCCGACCUUACGUCAUUUGUUUUGCAAGAUCUAUUUUAUGGGGAAGCAUAUGAAGUUCUUCUCAAUACAAAACUUUGUUGACUGUUUGGAUCUGCUGGCUGAGAUUGUUGUUACACAAUACUGGCACCCUCGAACUCAACCCAUCGUAGAAGACUACAUAGAAAAGGUAGCAAGUAAAGUUUUGAGGCAUAUGGACGAUCACAGAUUUAGCCCCUUGUACAGAGAGAUCUUCAAACGAAACCAAAUUCCGUACAGCGGCAAGGGAGUAAUUCCGAGAGGAUCUAAAGUAAGAGUGGUACAGCCGGGAUGUGGCCCUCCAUUUCUUACUCCUAAGGAGUUCGAGAGAAAGUUUGGAGUUUCUCCUAGGAUCCGUACUGAUGAGGAACUUACCAGAAGCUACGACAGUGUCGGUAACGUGAUAGGACACUUCACUGUGCCCAAUUUGAGAGAACUUCUUACACCAAUAACACAACAAGUUGAAGAGUCCAUUGAGAAAGAAGAGAGACCUGGGCGGGAAAAGAAAAGAAAGAUUGGUAAUUGGAUGAGCUCGGAAAGACCUAAGAAGAGAUUAUGGAAACUCAAGAAGAGGUUGAUGCGUCGAAAGAGCAGUUCAGGAACCAACAACGCAUCAAGUAUUCUAGAAAGAAUUAAAUGUUUGGUUCUUUCUAAAUCCGCGGUAUCUGUCAAAAAGGAAGAGUGUGGUGGAGAUGGGUCACGUGAUGGACAGUAUAAUACCACGGAAACAUCCGAAUUGAAACCACUCGACCAGCUCCAUCCUUGCUCGGUUGAGUUAAGCGAGGUUUUAAAAUCGAUUUCAAACAGGAAGCAGACAAUGUCACUGAACUUUGAGAAUUGAAGCGUCUGAGACAAUUCUGUUUUUGUUGAACUUGUUUUUUAAAUUGAUAUUUAUUAUUUAAAUCAGCCGCUCAGCAUAGAAACUAUUGACGAGUUUUUAAACAUGACAGUGUCCAGAGGGAAUUAAAAUUGUAAUAAUAUUGAAAGGAUUAUAAAUGAAUUUCAUUAAUUGUGUUAAGGCUACUUUUUCAAAAACUAUUAAUGUCAGACAAAAAUGUAACCCUGGAGCUGGCCAUCAAAAGUAUUUCUUAAAAUAUGAUCAUCACAGAGAAUUAAUACAAAUUUCAAAAGCUAAAGGUUUAUCAAACAGAACCGUUUCAACUUCUUUUAAUGUCUGGGCACACUCCUUAAUCAUAUGGCAAGAAAUUCAAGCACACUACAGGGGCAUCAUAGGUAAACUUUGUUCAGUUCGUUUUAAUUAUUACUUUUUGGCA